AUGGGCUCAAAAAAGCCAGUUCAUAAGAGGAGUCCAGUUCGCCAUGGGGCUGUUUGGAAAAACCCAGGAGAGGCCUCCCAAAGAGCUGCGGUCCUAAGAGUAGCUGGUUCCCUGCAGAAGAGCACAGAAGUGAUGAAGGCUAUGCAGGGUCUUGUGAAGAUCCCAGAAAUCCAGGCCACCAUGCGGGAGCUGUCCAAAGAGAUGAUGAAGGCUGGAAUCAUAGAGGAGAUGUCAGAGGAUACAUUUGAAAGCAUGGAUGAUCAGGAAGAAAUGGAAGAAGCAGCAGAAAUGGAGAUUGACAGAAUCCUCUUUGAAAUCACAGCAGGAGCCUUGGGCAAGGCGCCCAGUAAAGUAACUGACGCCCUUCCUGAGCCCGAACCAUCAGGAGCGAUGGCUGCCUCAGAAGAGGGAGAUGAUGAGGAAGAUGAAGAGGACCUGGAGGCCAUGCAGUCCCGGCUGGCCACACUCCGAAGCUAG